AUCAAUCUAUAGACUACUCUUUAUAAACCAUGUAAACACACCUAUUUUGCCACUUUUCCCCAGACCAUAUUAGUAGCCUAUAUUCUGGUGAUGUUGACUGGAUGGACCAGCACCAGCCUGGUUUGACUAUGGGCACACUUGGCACAUUUUCUAAUAUGAAACAAAUUUAAACGUGAUUUAAUAAUUAACCCCGGCUGGGACAUAGUGUCCAAAGAUGAAGAAACACCCAGUUACAUAAUCAACUCAACUGAAUUAACUCAUUUAAUGAACUGUUGUAUAAAACCAAUGUCAUAUAUGUAUAUACUGUAUAUGAGCCAGCCAGGCUGAUGUUCAGACCUGCAUUCUUUGGUCAUGUGUCGCUGGGUAAGCCCAUGGGUUAUGAUUGUGAUUGACAGGAUAAUGUUGCAGCCCUCUACAUUCUUUAACACCACAGGAAUGCUUUCUCUUUGUUGUUAAGCAGCUCUUCAGGUAAAUCCUGACUUUGAGAAUGACAGAAUGAUCAGUGAAACCUGGUUUCUCCACACUCAGUAGGCUUUGGCUGAUAAGAAAGACAAGACGUGUAAAGACAAGAUACUCUCUUUAUUUUCAAAGAUGCCAAAACCUGCUGAUGAGAUGCCAACCGUGCCAGUACACCAGCGAGGGCAGUAUGCCGUCUCCAGCUUCCUGAAGGUCAAGCCACUGGCUGUCGGGAUUUUGGAACUAUCGCUAGCCUUACUGGGACUCGGUUUGACAAUCUGGAAUGUCCGUUUUUCUUUUCUCUGGGCAUCAAUCAGCUUCAUUUUAACUGGAGCAUUGACAAUCUCAGCAGCAAGAACAUGUAAACCAUGUCUGGUCAAAUCCUCACAAAUGCUCAGCUGUUUCAAUGCGGCAGCAGCUGCUCUGUCUCUACGCUUUCAUUUUUAUUACAGUUGGGGUGUGAUCUGCUUUCUCCUGAUGGCCUGUGAUACUCUCAUCCUCAUCUUCUCUGUCACUGUUGCUUUAUCCUUCUUUUCCUGUUCCUGCAGACCAAAGUCAAGACGUGUCGAGAUCAGUUACAUGAAUGCAGAUUUGCCUGUUAACCAUGUUGUGGUCAUGGGCCAGCCGGACCCGUUUGCAGUGGCACAGUCCGUUAGUUCAGUCAUGUAUGUGCUGCCAGCACACGUGUCUCUGCCAAACUACAGUCCGGUCCUAGAUAUACCUCCACCAGCCUACGACCAGAUCUCAGCUACACCACCACCAAACUACAGUUCAGUCCCAAGCGCUCCGCCACCAGCAUAUGAGAUUUAAGAUUUACAGACCAGAAGAUGAACCGGAUCUCAGUCGGUGUUUACACAUUGGAUUAUGGCAGAUGGAAAACCAAGAAAUAUUUGUAUAAAUGUGUAAAUAAUUUAUAAAUAAUAUUACAACAAAACAAAUAAAUUAUUUUUGAAAAUCAAAUCUGUGAGUG